UCCGCUUCUCCAGCUCUCGGAACCUGCGCGCCGGCCAGCGCGGCUUCUAAAUCCCCGGUUCUCCCCGGGCGAAGAGACGCUGGGCGCGCGCGCGGGAAGAAAAGCUUUUCCCGUCGUCUCCUCGCGCAGAGCUGUUCCCCCCCCCCGGGGGGGGGGUCCUCUCAGCCGAGGCGGGAAAUGACAUCGUUUAAGGGCCUUCCCGGUCGAUCCUCGCCUCCUCCUCCUCUUCUUUUCUCGCUAGCCAACCCCUUUUGCCUCUGGUCUUGUGUACAAUGGGGAAACGGCUCCGAGCUGCGUUUCAGGCCAGCCUCAAGCGGUGUGAGCUACAUUUGACAUGUGCUGCCUGACUGAGGAACUACUGCAUUAGUUGUCUGAAGGAGCACUGCCUUGGCAAUUCAAAAAGGUAGCCCUUGACUCCAAGCUUUCUAUCAGCAGCACUGGAUGAUAAUUCAACAACCUCGUAGAGCUCACUAACGUGGCCAGCAGUAAUGGAUUUUGUGAUGAAACAAGCCUUAGGGGGGGCCACGAAGGACAUGGGUAAAAUGUUGGGAGGAGAAGAGGAAAAAGACCCCGAUGCCCAGAAGAAGGAAGAAGAACGACAAGAAGCCUUACGUCAGCAAGAGGAAGAGCGCAAGGCAAAGCAUGCCCGCAUGGAGGCUGAACGGGAAAAGGUUCGGCAGCAAAUCCGUGAUAAGUACGGCCUGAAGAAAAAAGAGGAGAAAGAGGCAGAGGAGAAGGCAGCCCUGGAACAGCCCUGUGAGGGGAGCCUGACACGACCCAAGAAAGCCAUCCCAGCCGGCUGUGGAGAUGAUGAUGAUGAGGAUGAAGAGAGCAUUCUGGAUACGGUGCUCAAGUAUCUGCCAGGUCCAUUGCAGGACAUGUUCAAGAAGUAGCUGCCAUACCAGCCCAAGUCCCACCCAGAGUUUCCAACAUUCGGUUGAGGCUUCUGGGUGGUGAAGGGACUUUCUUUUGGGGUUUCAUGGGGCAUUUUCCUUUCCAGUUUUUGUUUCAAGGGGAGACUUCACACACGUCUUUGUGCCACAGGCCUUUCCCAGGCCUUCUUCUCGGUCCCCAAGAGAAGCACAUCAGGCAUGGGACGUACUCCCUACCCUGCCCCUUGCUAUCAUCACUCUAGGCUGCUGGAUUCCUUGGAACCACAGGCUGGGCACUGCCAGGAGUUUUAUCUCCUUCCCCUCCCCUGGGCUUUCCCUUCCUGACACAGAGCUGGAGUGGACUUCUGUGGUGCCAAAGGGCCAGCUGACUAGAAAGUCAAAGCAAAGCAAAAACAAAUGGGAACUGGGACCAAAUUCAAUUACGCAACCUCAUGGGGUUUUGGAGGAGGAGGCACCAGAGGGAGGCCAGGCCCCUGCACAAUCCUCUGAGCCCGCCUCCUUCCCCCAUAUUCCUUAACCCUGUGCUGACUGCCAAACAGAGAUUGUGGCCUGUAAAUCUCUGUUCUUGCCUAAUUCAUGGGGGCCAAGGUAGCCCCUGCACAUUCCAUCUCUGACCAAGGGAAGGACCAGUUGGAUACACACACACACAAACACACACACACACACACACACACACACACACAUCCCAAUCCUUGCUUUAGGGCAGUUGGCAAAUCAUAGUCUUGUCACAUCCUUGGGGAGGAAGAGCUCAUUCCUGAAAAGAAUCAAACUCCUCCACAAGCCUAGCAUGGAGGCCCACUGCAAAGAAUUGUGAGUUACUAGUAGACAAAAAAAAAACCGUGGGCUGCUUAGGGGGCCCUUAGAUGAUUUUUCCCCUUCCAUCGUCCAGUAGUAGUAUUUUAUUGGAAAAAAAAUUCUCUAGCUGACACACUUGCAGACUUUUAGAGUAAAAAGACAAAGCAUGAAAUCACACUCUCCUUCCCAUGCUGCAGAAAGUGAUAAAUGUGGAGAUUGGUUUAAAGGUCAACUGACCAAAAAUGAAGACACUUGAGGAAACGGGAUGCAUUCACGCAUUCGACCAAAGAUCCCUGCUUUCUUUAGGAGGUUGUAGGAAUGCCCUGCACUAACACUUAUAGAGAGAACAGCACAUCCUCUCAAGCCAGGGAGUUUUGGUUGUCUACUAGACCAAAGGGUUAAAGCCAGUAAGCCCAUCCCUGUCAUACGUAUCCUGAUCCUAGGACGCUGAUAAUCUCUUUCCCAAUGGAAACAUAAUGGCCCACCCAAAUAUUAGCAGAACUGUUCUUGCAUCCAAGGUAGAAAUUGUUUCCUUUUCCUCUUUCAUCAAGUGUCUAGAAAGACUACAGCCAUGCAUACCCAGAUACACAUGCUGAUUCCCAAGGGUGGGUCCUUCACGGUCUAUGAGAAAAACUUCCCACUUUUCAAUAUCUGCAGCCCAAGGUGGCCUGGGAGUGUGGUGGACACCCGACCCACACCCCAGCAUACGCCAGUAGCUCCCCUUCACUGCACAGUUGUUGCAUUCACUCCGUGGCCGAUUCUCCCCAUCGUUUCUUCAAAGCCACAACAUUACACAAAAAAAGAGGUGACUACGAGACAAGGAGGAAGCCUCGCUGCUGAUUUGGCCUAGUGCCCUCUCCCCAGUACCAACAGUCCUUGGCCACUGCUGAAAACAAAAUCAAACGUCCAUCCUUCUAUGGGGAAGUUUUGUAGUUUUCAUUCUUGUGUUUAUUUGGGAAGAAGGAAGGUCUGGAUUAUUUGGUAAAUUUUUCUGGUACUCUGUCCCUUCUACUUUUGUUUGGGGAUGGGGUCAAGUUUGAGUUUGGGAGUUAUCUCCCUGCAUCCAAAAUACGCCAUUCUUUCUUUCUUUCUAUCCUUCCUUUCUUCCUUAAUAGUUAAAGCCAUAUCAGUUAGACUGCAAUACUAUCAACGCUAAAAACUCUGCAGGCUGCGCUCUGUCAUGCUGUAUAAAGGAGCGUCUUGGGGUCAGGGACCACCCCUUUAUCCCCUUGCCUGCUUGUCUUUGUCUCUGGCCGCCCAACAUGUUUUGCAUAGGUAUCUCUGUAACAGGGUAAAUCACCCCAACACUUGUUAUCUGUCUAAUUGUCUCUGCUAGUCACUCAUUAGAUGGUCAUCAUACAGCCCCAUGGAGCUGGGAAGAAAAGGUCCUCAGGCAAAAUGAAAAGGGGACCAGGUUGAAGGUGGUAAGGGGACAGCCCAUUAGCACCUGUUUCGUCAAUAUAAUGUCAGCUUGUCUGCAGUCAUCCCAUAGGACAAAAGAGUGUGAUUGUGAGAGUCCUGCAAAGUUUCAUACUGGUUGAAACUCUGUGCCAGAAUGGCAGGACUUUGCCAGGGGAACACAAGCUGUUUAUUGUCUACAUAAUCCUCCUGGGUGAAUGUUGAAAAUUGCAAUAAAUCCACUUUUCACAUGGGGCAAAGGGCUGAUGCUGAAGCCAGCUUCCCACACUAUGGUGAUGCUGUUGCUCUCAGUUGACAAAAUCACCACUAUACCCAUUGUUUAGUAUUUAGGCAGAGAGAAGUAAGUACCAGUAAGUCUCUGGAACCCACCAAUAUGAGAACCCCAUUCUGGGCAAGAACAAGAAGCAAAAAAAACCCCAAAACCCACGUCUUAGAAUACUGGAGAGACAUGAAACAGCAAUGCCCACAGAAAUGAGGCAAAAUGAAACCUAGCUUCAAUAUGUGUGAAUAAGCCAUCCUAGCCCCAAUUCACACAAAAAGUAUACAAAUCAGAAAUCUAAGCCUCUUCCUCUGCUACUAGGAUAGGAGCAGAAGCCCUGAACCACAGGAGGUGUAUUUGUGCUGCAGCUCCUCCUCAUUUUAGCAUCCUUAUCCCUGCUGGGGAAGAACCGUUUUGAUUCCCUGUGAUCUUUGACCUCUGAUAUUAUCAUGUCAGUGGGAGGAGCUGUGGGAUGCGGUUUCCAGGUCAUUGUGGUAGCCAGGAGAAAACCUUAAUAUUUUGCUUCGAAUCUUACUUAAUGGAGCUGGAUCAGCUUCCAAUUUGAAUGCAGAGAAUAUAUGUGUUGUAUGUAUGCAUGCAUGCAUGCAUGCAUGUAUGUGACAUCAGUGAGUGAGUGAGAGAAAGAAUGGAAAGAAAAGAACAAGAAAUAAAAGGCAAAACAAGUACAGUGAUGGCUUUUGAUCAGUCUCCCUCAACCAGCUUUUCCCAACUUGAUGUCCUGCAAUUGUGUUGGGAUUCAUUUCCCUAAAUUUUCAAGUUGAAUCUCACCAUAUUUGAAGAAUUCUACCUUAUCCCACAUAUAAAAGUUAAGAUAUCCUUCUAGGUCCCAGACUAAUGGGUAUCUAUAGACUCCAGCUGCUUUUGCCAAAAUGAUAAAAGCAGUGUCAUUGUGUUGAAGUCCCUUUUGGACAAACAAUAUGACAUGUAUACGUUCAUAAGGGGCGUAUCCUGUGUCAUGGAUCCACUUUGCUCAGAUUGACCAAUUUGACUGGGCCUGAGGAUUACACCCCUUUUGGUUCCACCACUCUUCAUGGCCAAAGAACUUGCACAGAAGGUUUGCCUACAAAGGGAAGUACACAUGAAUCACAAACCCUGAUGCAUUUGCUUGUCCUUGCUACGAAUGAAUGUUUAUAUGUCAGAGAAUGACCAUUUGUAAGCAUUCAUGGGUGAAAGGUGAAUGAGAGAGAAUAGCAUAACGUAAGAAGGCAUGUUGAAUGUUUCUUGGAUUUUCUCCAAGCACAUGGCUAUGUGAGAGCACAAGACAAACCAGUGGGUGUAUCUAUCUCUGUGCCGUACAGGCCUUGGGGAACAAUUAUGUCUUGCCAUGAAACCAGGAGAAAUUUCUGAAUCUGUUUUCUAAGAAUCAGUUAAAAUAUGGGCUUUUUUUUUUUUUUUCAAAUGGCUUCCAGAAUUGGACAUCCUUUGGGAAUUCACUAUUGUCACAGAGUAAUUGACUCCAGCCUUCCAAUGCAUCCUGUCCCCUCCUUGACUGGUGCCGAGGAGCUAGUUGUCGUAUGCAUGGAGUUUCUCUUCUCUACUUUCCUCUCACUAGUCUGUUGAGGAAAUUGACUGCCCACGCGCUAAGCCAAGAGGUCGUAUGAACCAUUCUGUCUUGCUUGUGCCAUCUGCUUUCUAGAAUCAUUGUGUCUAAUUGGCUAGUCCUCGUCCCACCUGCAACCACCAAGGGCAUCUAUCACAAUGAUGGGACAAAUGAGUUAUAUGGGCAAUCCAGUGCAAACAGCUCCCUGCAGGCCCUUCAGGUUAUUGCUGCCGUGUGGGGGGAGGCUGUAGCUGAAUCUGAGCCAAAGGGUUACAUGAUUUCUGACUUUAACCUGUUUUGUUUAACCUGGGGGCUGGCAGGGAACUGGUUACGCUCCUUUCCCGGUCUGUGUGGGGUGAAAGAUGUAGGCAAAAGGGGCAGGGAAGACUUGAAGGGCUCCAUUCAUUCACCCUAUGGUGACCAUUCUGCUCUACCUAGUCUUUGGAGAAAAAAAAUAAAAUAAAGAAGUUUGUACAUUG